AUGUGCUUAAGAAUGGCGAAAAGGAAGAAAUUACAACAUUUAGACAUCGAUGAUCAUGGGGAAAGUUGCUGAAUUAAAGGGAUUGGGAUCGAAUCUCAACUUAUCGUUCGGCAUCAUUUUAAGAUUAAGAUUAAGAUUAGCCGUUCGCACUUGCAGGGCCAGGGAUUUGCACCCCUACACGCUCAUCGCCUAUGGUGAGGCCUCGGCGGACACCCUCCUCAUUGCCUCAAACGAGGGAUUCGCACAUACGUGGGUUGUCUUUCCGAAAAUCCAUAAAAAAUGGAUUUUCUGGUCGACUGUCGGUAGAAGGUGGAACUCGAAAGCCUGGGACGUAACGCCCAGUUUCACGCUAGGGAGUUACCUGAUUGGUCCCUGAGGACUCUGCUGGGCUUCCCCUUUCCAACUUCCGUGCUCGUCUUCCCCACGAGGAAAAAAACACCUCUGAAUUUAGACUUGGGCUAGGCUCUAAACACAACCAGAAUUGCUUACCUAGCAUUGCUGUGUCCAUUUCUGAAGUAGUAAAACCUUACCGGAUAUAAAUAAAAUAUAAGUCGAGUAUGCAUGGCCGGAAGGCCAUGCCCAGACGAAGACGCCAUAUUUUAUUUAUCCGUUCGGCAUCAUAAACUCAACUUCGGUAAUAGGACUUGCCUCUUUGAUUUUAGAAACCAUCAGGUUUCAACACUUGCCAUUCAUAAGGGAGGAUUCUUAGGCACACAAUAA